AUGUCUUUCUCCCAGUUCGGAUACCCCUACAGCACCACUUCGCAGUUCCUGGUGCCCGGCAGCCCCGGCGCGUCCUGCUGCGAGCCCGCUCCCCGCUCCGGCCCGGAUGCGUCCUCGGCGCCGGCCGCCGCCUCGCUGUGCUGCGCCCCGUACGAGAGCCGGCUGCUGGCGCCCGGCCGCGCCGAGCUCAAUGCGGCGCUGGGCAUGUACGGAGCCCCGUACGCCGCCGGCCAGGGCUACGGCAACUACCUGCCCUACAGCGCCGAGCCCGCCGCCAUCUACACCGCGCUGAACCCCCAGUAUGAGAUCAAGGAGGGCGCCGGCACUCUGCACUCGGGGAUCACGCAGCCCGCCGCUUACUACUCGUACGAGCACUCCCUGGGGCAGUACCAGUACGACAGGUACGGGCCAGUGGAUUUCACCGCUUCGGCCCGGCGCAAGAAUGCCACUCGGGAGACGACGAGCACCCUGAAGACGUGGCUGUACGAGCACCGCAAGAACCCGUACCCCACCAAGGGCGAGAAGAUCAUGCUGGCCAUCAUCACCAAGAUGACCCUCACCCAGGUCUCCACCUGGUUCGCCAACGCGCGGCGGCGGCUCAAGAAGGAGAACAAGAUGACCUGGUCUCCCAAGAACAAAGCGGGGGAAGAGAGAAAGGAGGACGGCACGCGGCACGACGGGGAGUUCGGCGCGGGGAGCGACGGCCGAGAGCGGAAGAGCUGCAAGGAGGACAAGGAGCUGCGACUCAGCGACGUGGACGACCUGGAGGAGGAGGACGAGGAGGAUGAGGACGAGGAGGAGGCGGGGAAGGCGGCGAAGGGCCGGCCCGGCUCUCUGCAGGAAGCCCCCGGCCCCGGCGCGGCUCUGACCGGGGCCCCGCGGAGCGCCUGCAGCGUGCCCGGGCCGUGCCGCGCCUUCCCCUGCCCCCAGGCCCCCUCCGCAGCCCCCGCUGCCCUCGCCCCGCCGCCGCCCUACGCGUCCCCGGAGAAGCCGCGCAUUUGGUCGCUGGCCCGCACGGCCGGGGCCAACGCGGCACGCAGAGGCAGCCCCGAGGGUCGCGGUACGGAGGAGGGCGGCGGGGCGGCGGGGGAGCUGCCUCCGGCCGCAGAGGCCCCGUUCCGGAGCUCCGCCUUCAGCCCCCAACCCGUCCCGCGGAGCUGCGCGUCCCACCGCGGCCAGGGGCAGCCGUGCCAGUACGCGGCGGGCGAAGGUACCCGCGCCGGCGGGGCGGCGGGGGGGACGGGGCGGACGGGGCUGCCGCCUCCUGCGCGCCCGCGGCCCUGAAUCGUGCCCGGCGGCCCGGGAUGCGGCGGGGCCGGGUCGGGCGGAGCCCCCGCGAGCUGCGUGUAUCUGUGCAGGCUUCGGGCGGGGCGGCGGGGGCGGCCCGGGAGGCGCCGAGCCGGGCGGGACGUGCCUGGAGCGGCUGCGGACGGCCUUCAGGCCGGUGCUGAAGAGGUGAGGUAGGUGAGGGGCUGCCCGCUCCGCCCCGCUCCCGGCGCUGCCCCGGCCGGGCGCGUCCCGGAGGUGCCCGUCCCGGGCCGCUCACUCCGCCUCUCCCCCUCCCCCCGCUCCCGCAGGGCCGCCUGCUCCUUCCUGAGCGCCGGCGGCGGGGCUCUGGCUCCAGCCAGGCUCUCGCCCUGAAGCAAGACCCGGUACUGCCCAGCGCCGAGCCCCCGGCCCGGGCACGGCGGGCACCGCUGCUCGCAGGGCGGGCGUAGCGGUUCCGACCUCGAUGCCGCUCGUUAAAUACGCGCGAUUGAUGUCUUUACCAAAACCGAGACUCAGCUUUUCUCCCGUUUCCCCACGUCGUGCUUUUGUUGUUACUUUCCCCCCAAACCCGCUGGUUCCAUUGCUCGGAGCGGCGGCGCACGACGCGCAGUCCCCGGCAGCACUGUCCCGGCCGCGCCGUGACCCCGCGGCACUCGGCGCUGCUCCGGGCGGGGACGGGGCGGCGGCGGUCGGGCGACCUCGGUGGGUCCGGGCCGCCGCCUCCGCCCCGGGCAGCGCUGCUCUCCGCGGGACGGCCGAAAAAGGGAAACCGCAUCUCUGCAUUCUUUCUGUUUAAUUAGAAGUGUCAUCAAACACUUUGUGUUCGAACUAAUAAACCAAGCAGGGAUGAGGAAAGAAUGUUUCUUUGUUCCUGUUUCUAGAAGCAGUGGCAAUAAUUUAAAUUAAUAACUGCGGUAAUUAAGAGGUCAUCUAUAGAUCAAGCCGAUACCUGCCAUUUCGAAGUUCACCGGGGUCAGCAUUUACAUUAAGUCAUUUGUGGUCAAUAGAGUCCAAUGAAUUCUGCCUUAAUAAAUCAGGGAAAUCAAUCU